UUUUUUUUUUUUUCACUCUUCCUACUAGAGAAGCGUUACCCUAGAAACAACGGAUUGUUACUAUAACCAACCCAAAAAAGCGUAUCAUGGAUGAUAUCGAAUACUAUUUUGAUAGUAUAGAAACGUUCUAUGCAGAAUUGGAUGACAUACUUGCAAGGUCUUAUACAACAGAAGAAGAUGUACAAAGGAUUAUUACACAGUAUAUUCGGUUCUUGGUUCGAUAUCAACAUGAAUUCUUAAAGACAGCGGUCGAAUUUGCUCAAAUCGCUUACAAGUUGAUCGACUCGAAAAUCUGUCUUGAUUACAGCACAACAGUGCUUUCGCAUAUUCUGAAUCAUCAUGCUCUCCCUUCGCAAGACAAAGUAGAGCUUUUGAUCUCCUUUUCGCUCCUUUUGUAUGCAGGCAAAGACGAACCACGAUGGAUGGACUAUAUUUUGUUGGCCUCGAUCCAAGACAAAAGAAACCGGUUGUUUGGAAAAAUCAUGACAGAAAUGCGACUCGGGUUUUAUCACACGUAUAGCUUAUUGAGUGUCUCGUUUUCGUUAUGCUAUGAGCUAUGUAAAUUGGCUAAAUUGGAAAAAGAAGAUUUAUGUCUUAUUACUACAGAGAUGGUCAACCACUUUCUAGACCUUGUGGAAUCGACGCGGGGGGACAACGAAGAAUCGUUUAAUUAUGAUGUCAUCCGGUACAUGAUGGUGUUGAAUGAACAAUACAUGAUGUCUGGGAUGGAAGAGAAUUUGGUUCUGGAUGUAUUAUCGCAACGUAUAGGCACAUCAGACACGUUUAGUGCUAAUUUGUUAUUCAUGUUGAACAGAUCAAAUGAUAUGUGUGUACAGAUGUUGAUAUUGAAAUUACUGUAUGGUAUCUUUACAAGGCCUUGUUUGUAUGAAUAUUUCUAUACCAAUGAUCUGUACGUUUUGGUGGAUAUUGUCUUGAGAGAGUUAUGUGAUCUAGGUGACACGAAGGAAGCACAGACGGUAAGUGGGUUUUGUACACCGCCCCCCGACAUGAUAUCAUUUUUUUUUUUUCUGCUCUCCAGCUGAUACUCCUCCCAUGGGAUUGCGCCAGUUACGUGAUGCGUAUCUUCGCGUCUUUGAACCUUUAUUAGAAAAUACCCAAUUACGACUACGGCCUUACAAGAAAAAGGAAACGCACACGAUUUUGACCAAGUUACUUAAUCCUGGCAUGCAACGUAAAGUAGGUUCUACGACGAAGCGUAUUGUCAACAGGAUUCUUCACGAUUGGUGGGAACAAAGUCAGACAUUAGAGUCCCCUCAGGUAUUGUCACGUACUGGUUCUACAGUCUCCUCCUCCUCCUCCUCCUUUU